AUGAACGAGUCACUGCUGGUGAAUGACUCCUCUGUGAGUCCUGUGGCUGGAGAAGCUCUCCAAUGGUUGGAGGCUGAUUCUCCAGAGCUCAAUGGCACCCUGGAGUUCUCCACUGAUCCACUAGAUUUUCCCAUCAACCCGUGGGACAUUAUGCUCUGCAUGUCAGGCACUGUCAUCGCCUGUGAAAACGCCAUAGUGGUAGCAAUCAUCUUCUACACGCCGACACUAAGGACUCCCAUGUUUGUGCUGAUUGGGAGUCUGGCCACAGCAGAUCUGCUGGCUGGCAUGGGAUUAAUCCUGAACUUUGUGUUUCAGUAUGUGAUCUCCUCAGAGACCAUCAGCCUUAUCACUGUAGGCUUCUUAGUGGCCUCCUUCACAGCAUCCAUCAGCAGCCUCUUAGCCAUAACAGUGGACCGUUAUUUCUCUCUCUAUAACGCCCUGACUUACUUCUCAGAGAAGACACUGCAGUAUGUGCACCUGAUGUUACUGGGCACAUGGGGGGUGUCUCUGUUCCUGGGCUUGCUGCCGGUGCUCGGCUGGAACUGCCUGGACGAUCCGUCCUCUUGCAGCAUCGUCCGCCCUUUGACCCGGAGCAACGUCACUCUCUUGGCCACUUCUUUCUUUAUCAUCUUCAUUCUCAUGCUGACCCUGUACUUCAAGAUUUGCAAGAUUGUGUGCCACCACGCCCACCAGAUCGCCCUUCAGCAGCACUUCUUUGCCACGUCCCAUUACAUUGCCACCAAGAAGGGGGUCUCCACUCUGGCCAUCAUCUUGGGGACGUUUGGUGCCAGCUGGCUUCCCUUCGCCAUUUACUGCUUGGUGGGUGAACGGGAGUAUCCAUCAGUGUACACCUAUGCUACACUGCUGCCAGCCACCUACAACUCUAUGAUCAACCCCAUCAUCUACGCCUACAGAAAUGCAGAGAUACAGCGUUCCAUCUAUAUGCUUCUCUGUGGCUGCUUUCAGGCCAAUGGGGCUUACAGGUCCAGGUCACCAAGUGAAGUCUAA